GCUGCCGAAGAUACUUUGUGUAGAGCUGAACAAGAACAAGCUAUCUUACUGAAUAAGAUGAGAACUGCAAUGGCUGACAAAGACAAGACAAUUGAGAAACUGAUAGAGAGUGGGCGAGAAAAGGAUCGUUUAUUCCGUGAGGUUCAGCAAUCCACCAAUCAUCAGUCACCAAGUCCUACAAUCAUGGCUGAGUUAGCCAAUCUUAAAGACAAGAAUAGCACUCUCAAGAAAGCACUGCGAGAUAAAGAAGCAGCCUUGAGGGAGUUGGAAACUGAUCAGCCUGAUUCUGGUUUCAUGCAAUCCCUCAGAGAUGAAUUAGAGAAUAAGAAUAAACUCUUAACAAAAGCCAAAAACACCAUUGAUAUUCUCCAAAGAGAACAGCAAUUGGAAAAACAAAACAAACUGGAAAUGGGUAAACUGAGACGUGAGAUUAUUGAGUUACAAAGUGAGGUUCAAGCUAAACAGGAUCACAUUGAUGCUUUAAUACAUGCUGGGAAAGUCAAAGAUAAUAUCAUAAAGGAGAUUCGCUUAGAGCAAACUAACCUACCAGUCCGGACAGCAGUGAUGGGUGGUGAGGUUGAAGGAAAUCAGCUUCAGCAGAUCUUACAGGAUCAGAUGAGAGAGUUGGGUAGAUUGAGUGACGCUCUGCGUGCUGAGAGACAGCUGUAUGUUAACAUUACACAGAGUGGCAGUGGAGAUAGGGAGAAUAGUCCACGUUCUACUGAUGGUCUGUCUAUAGAGCUAGCUGCAGUACAGACACUCAGGAGACAACUAGAAGAUGGGAUAAGACGUAAUGAUGCAAUGAGGGAGCAGUUAGAGAGACAAGUCCAUCAAGACAAUCAUAGAGAUUCAUCUCCCAGAUCGGCAGCAGCGAUGCAAUCCAAAGAGAUGCAGACAUUACGUAACCAGCUAGAAGACAGUAGCCGCUGGAACGCUUCUUUACAAUCAAGACUAGAUGAAAUGAGACAAAGAGUGGGUGGAGUAGGUAGAGAUGUCGACCCAGAGCAAACCACAGGCAAUGAUCAACACAUUCCUUUCAGCACAGAGAUCAGUGAUUCUAGGCAACAACCACUUCAAACCAUUCCUGAAUUACAGCAAGAAGUUGCAUCACUCAAGACCCAGCUUCAAGAUGCUGAGCAUAGGAGGAGAUCUCUUGAGGAUGCACUGGAUCGCCAGGAGGUUGAAAGUCUUCGAAGUAUUCCUGGCCAAGAAGAAGACUCUCCAAGUGUAGCUCUGACUAAUGCGUAUCAAAAGAGGAUUCAAGAGUUAGAGAGGAGGUUAGGGGAUAGUGAACAGCAGAAGCAGUCCGCAAAGCAACAACUAGAAGCAGCUUUGUUGAAUCAAUCCAGGGGAGAUGAAGAAGAAGGCCCAGUUGUAGCAAUCUUGAAACAGCAACUUGACCAAGCCAAGACGCUACUCAGAGAGAAAGAUCAUCAGCUUCAACAGAAGGAGCAACAGAAUCAGUCACUGAGGCAUCAUCUUGGUAUUGGACCAGACUCACCCAUCCAUCCUGGACGGAGUAUGCUUGCCAAUCUACACCAGGAGAAUGCUAGAUUGCAACAGGAUGGUCAAGAGUUGGUUGAUAAGAACCAAGCCAUGGCCAGACAGCUGCAGACGUUUCAAACUCAAAUCAACAAACUCCAUCAGGUCAACAAUGCCUUACAGCAACGGCUAGAAAACCCUCCUACUGGUGAGCCAUCACAGCAGGAUCAUCUGGUUCCUAUUCUCAAAAACCAAUUGGAUCAAGCCAAAGCGUUGAUCCAAGAAAAGGAUCGACAGAAUCAGAUUCUGAGAGAGCUCCUUAGAAUGAGUCCGGACGCUCCUCUCGAAGAAGGCAAGGAAUCAGUUCUGUGGAACAAGUGA